AUGCGAUUGGACAGCCCAGCGUCAAAUGGAUCAUCACCCGCUGUGUCCCCGUCCAGCAGUGGUGCGCAGACACCAUCACCUGGCAACGCAGCUGAAUCUCAGUCACAGCCCUACGCUCCUCCAAGUCAAAGCGAGUCAUCCUUUGGUGUUGCAACGGCUCCAUCUGCGCCGUCGGAUGGAGCCUCUGCUACGGAGUCGAACGAAUAUUCCAUCCUUACUGUGACAACUACAGUCCCUGGACCAACUGUUACCGCAACAUAUUUGACAACAUAUCCCGCCAGCACAGUGCAAGAGCCUGGAUCCACUGUGGUUACAAUCCGCACGACGACACAAGUGACCUUGAGCCAGCUCCCACCUGUCACAACAACAUAUGAAAUCACGUAUACUCUCACUCAGCCUACUACCGUCGUCUCAACGGAGCGAUCGGUCAGCACGCUCACGACUGUCCUGCCAGGUAGCACAGUUGUAAGUCUUGCCCCGCCAACCCAUACUUCUCCUGGAAGCUGAUCAGCAGGAAAGACAACGACAUUCGAAACUACUUACCCAGCUUCUACGGUUACAGUAUCAAUCCCGGGGCCAACGACGACACAGAUAUCAAUCAGUGUUGCGCCCGCCUCCACGGCAACUGUCACAAGCGUGAGCACUCAAGCAGGGUCGACUGUCACUUAUGGGGUUACAUACACAGCUCCUGGGGCUACGGUCAUUUCCACACAGCCGGCAAGUACGACUCGCCUUGUCGAAACUGCAACUGAGCAGGUGACUUCCGUCUCGCUUUCGGUUCGCACAGUUACGACCACCCUGCCGGCGUCGUCUAUCACGUUCCUUCAAACGACAACAGUCAGUGCAGAGCCUGUUACGGUAACAAGUAUCAGUGUUCAGCCAGCUUCUGUGUCGACAUAUGAAAUUACGUACACAGCUCCUGGGGCCACGAUUGUUUCCACGGAGCCAGCGAGUACCAUCAGCCUCGUUGAGACUGCAACUGAGCAGGUGACUUCCGUCUCGCUUUCGGUUCGUAUCGUUACGAGUACCCUGCCGGCGUCGUCCAUCACGUUCUUGGAAACGACGACAAUCAGUGCCGAGCCGACCACGAUAACAAGUGUCAGUGUUCAGCCGGGUUCUGUGUCAACAUAUUGGAUUACGUACACAAAUUUUGUACCCACGACGGUGCUUUCGGUAGAGUCUAUCGAUCACACUCAGACUUUACUGGUGACCACCGAUCGUCCAACGACAGCAAUAUCGACGCAGUUGGUUCUGACUACCCUGACUACAACGCUGCCGGCUGAAACUUCGUAUAUCGAGCGAACAUCUUCCAUCGUCUUGACGACCUCGCUUCCCGGGCAAACCGUUACAGAGCGCUACACGACCGUCUCAGUGUACACCGAGACGACCGUAUUGCCUGCGCAGACAUCGACACUCGUACUCACUCUCACUCAAUCCGCCAGUACAGUGACGGCAACCCAGCUUACAACUAUUGUAUCCACCGAACUGCUCCCAACUACGGUGCUAUCAGCAACGGUCUCCCUCAGCACAAUCAUCACGACUCUCCCACCUGCAACUUCCUACAUUGAGAGAACGUUUACCCAGGUUUUAACGACUUCCCUCCCUGGGCAGACAGUCACUGAGCGGUAUACGACAUUGUCUGUAUCGACUCAAACGAGCGUCCUUCCCGCCUCUACGAUUACGCAGGUUCUAACGUACACUCUUCUACUCACAGCGACGGAACGGACCACGCUUGUUUCCACGGUUCUCUCUUCCUAUCCGAUCACGCAAGUGCAGACGACCAGCUUCGGCUAUCCCGUGACGCAGAGCCUGACAACUACAGCACUUUCUUCCUACCCAGUCGUCUACACGACGAGCUUCAGCUAUGGGAUCACCCAGAUUGUAACCACGAGCUUUGGCUAUCCGGUCACCUAUAACAUCACGACAAGCUACGGGUAUCCGGUCACUCAAUUCGUAACUACAAGCUUUAGCUAUCCAGUCACUCAGAUACAAACAACCACCCAACCACCAUUGCCCGCAAGUACGGUAAUAACGAGCUACAGCUACGCGGUCACUCAGGUAGUCACUACGAGCUAUGGGUACCCCGUCACCUACAACAUCACAACUAGCUACGGAUAUCCGGUCACUCAAUUCAUAACCACAAGCUUCAGUUAUCCAGUCACUCAGGUACAAACAACCACCCAACCGCCACUACCCGCAAGCACGGUAACAACGAGCUACAGCUACGCGGUCACUCAGAUAGUCUCCACGAGCUAUGGCUACCCGGUCACCUACAACAUCACAACUAGCUACGGAUAUCCGGUUACUCAAUUCAUAACUACGAGCUACAGUUAUCCAGUCACUCAGGUACAGACCACGACUCAACCUCCGUUGCCCGCAAGCACCGUGACAACGAGCUACAGCUAUGGGAUCACCCAGAUUGUAACCACGAGCUUUGGCUAUCCAGUUACCCGCAACGUUACUACUAGCUACGGAUACCCAGUCACUCAGUUUAUAACCACGAGCUACAGCUACCCAGUCACUCAGAUACAGACCACGACCCAACCACCGUUGCCCGCAAGCACGGUGACCACAAGUUAUGGAGUGACUGCAACGUGAGUAAAUCUGUCCUUUCUUCCCAAAUGCCAUGCUAACUUCGUCUCAGAUACACAAGCAUUUCGAUUCAAAGCUUGACUUAUACGACAACGUUUUCGAUCACCUUCACCACAUCGUACCCAGUGACUUAUACGUCUGUCCAGACAACAACAGCUCCCGGUAAGGUCAUAUUCUGCUCAGACUUUGGGGAAGAGCUAACGGAUGAAAAGGCACCACGAUUCUCCAAACGGUUACGUCUGUGUCUGUUAGCACGGUUUUGACCACAUCUAUCCAGGUAAGUGCAGCCAUUGUGGAUCAGUCGAACAAUCAAGACUGGUUGUAUUGCGUGGAACCCUCGCCGGCUGUAGCCUUCGAGAUCAAUGUCACAUCGGCGAAAGAAAAGAGUACUCAACUGACUCAUAUGCAUAGACUACUACGGCUGUGACCACACAGCAAACAACGAUCUAUAACACAGUGGUUAGCACCGCGCCCGGCCCUACAGCUACAAUCGUGACAACUCAACCUGCGUCUACGCUUCCUGCUUCUACCAUCAUCACCACGCAGCUGGCCCCUACGGUUACCUUUACGCCUCCGCCGGGCACUACGACCAGUUCAUAUCCCGUCUUCAUCACUACUACCUAUGUCUCGGUUCAGUCGGUCACCUAUACAACGAGCUUUACAGCGACUACGACACGGGUCUCGACGGCUCCCGGAAGUACAAUCACACAGACUGCGACUUCAGUGGUCACCAGUGUGGUCGUAACGACCACCCCUGUAACGUACACAACGACGCAGCCCGCUCAAGUCGUAACCGCGACAACCGAUCCGGGUGCUCCAACUCCAUCUCAGUGCGGCAACCUCGGCGUCCAAUACGAAGUUGUGGCUGCAUACGGCCUGAAUUACGGUACCGCGUACGACCCAUCAUUUAUCAAGGAUCCAUCGGUCGGCGGUCUCAGUUACCCGGUCACUUACAAUGCCACGACAAUGGACUACGUGUCUAUUAGCUUCAGCUGCCCAAGCUCAACUUCUACCACUACGGUACACUCAGCAUCAACGGCAUUCAACUGCAACGACUUUUACAUCAACCAUCGCGCCUACUUUUAUGCGUAUACAACAGGCAACUUCACAUUCGCAUUCACGAGCGUCGAUGACAGGGUACAAGCGUGGUUUGGGAGUAUCGCUCAGAUGGGAUGGACCAUCAACAAUCCCAACAUGUCAACAGUCGGAACUGGUUCGGGUAUCUCGACCUAUACCAUCUACUUGACUCGAGGCCAAUACCUCCCAUUCCGAUUUAUUUACCGUCAGGACACGGGUGGUGGCUCAUACUCUUUCACCAUCACUGAUCCUUUCGGAAGCACGGCCGACUACAGUAGCAACGAAAACAACAACCCUUGGGUGGUGCAGUACUCAUGCGACAGGACGAGUGCGCCGCCGUGGGCAUAUGCUUUUGGAAACGAGCUUUAG